GCUGCGUCGAGGGAUGACGGCUGGCUCCUUACUAAGGCUAGGAAUAUGGUGGCGGGGAGAAAUCCACAGAGUCCACGUCAGGGGAAGGGGAAGGAGGAAUCGAGCUUACUUGACAAGAGUAGAGCCAUCGACAUCAUGUGUAAACAUAUCCUCAACGCCCAAGUGUCUAUCCGGUCUGCGUGCUGCCGGAAAUGGUUCGACUGCGCCGAAUGCCACCAGGAACAGGAAUCGCACGCGUUGCUGAAGACGAACGAGAUGAUCUUUGCGUGUAAAAAGUGCAAAAAGUGUUUUCGAAAGGACGGGACAGAGUUUGACGAGAGCGAUGAGUACUGCCCCCAUUGCGAUAACCACUUUGUGAUCGACGCCAAAACGCCUCAGGCGUCGCUGCAGGUGGAGGGUGACGACGUGCGCAUGGACUCGCGAAUGCUCAAGGACGACCGGGUUCGAGGGGACGCCCAACGUUCGAUCUGGAAUGUACAGGAUGGAGCAGACCGACUCGGAUAAAUACAGUUGGAGAAGAAUAGAAGACCAUCCACUUGGAGAGGAACUGGCAUUAUGGCCGACUUUUGCAGCGAUACCCACGAGACAUGACGAAUGAAGAAGCAAGAUCUGCCACAUUCUAAUCUUCAAGUCCACCUGCCAUGUGUUGAACUGGGAGAAAUAUCAAUGAAGUACUGGCUUGCACUGACAUUCAGGAAAUGUUCAGCAGGGCAGUACAUGGGAUCCAGACUGCUGUUCAUCUAGAGCUCUUGAUAGGAGCUGCAUCAUAUACUAAUUUGAAUAUAUACUCACCUACUUUCCAUGAUAGUAUAUUGUCAGCCAUACUUUAAAAAUCUCCCUUGGCUGUCUUAUUACUAUUCUUUCAGUAUUUAUUAUUUAGGUUUUAAUACUUCUGAA